UCGGCUGCUCAGGUUGCUGCAGGUUGAGGCGCGCCGAGUUCGGGAGGGAUCCAGUGCUGUUUCUGGUAUUCUCACAGCUGGCACCUCCACCGUCGUGAACAAGUAAAGUUUGGGCCGGCUUCUCCAUGGCCUGGGCUCCAGUUCCCGGCUGAGCCAUUUUCUUUUUGGUUCAAAGCCCCCGCCCAGAGGCCGAUUCGUCGCGGCGGCGGUGGGGAUCGCAGGUCGCUCAGGCUUGCAGAUGGGUCAGGGGCUGUGGAGAGUGGCCAGAAACCAGCAGCUACAGCAGGAAGGCUAUAGUGAGCAAGGCUACCUCAGCAGAGAGCAGAGCAGGAGGAUGGCUGCCAGCAGCAUUCCUAACACCAGUCAUCGUAAACAAGUCCAAGGAGGCAUUGACAUAUAUCAUCUUUUGAAAGCAAGGAAAUCUAAAGAACAGGAAGGAUUCAUUAAUUUGGAAAUGUUGCCCCCCGAGCUAAGCUUUACCAUCUUGUCCUACCUGAAUGCAACUGACCUCUGCUUAGCUUCCUGUGUUUGGCAGGACCUCGCAAAUGAUGAACUUCUCUGGCAAGGGUUGUGUAAAUCCACUUGGGGUCACUGUUCCAUAUAUAAUAAGAACCUACCUCUAGGAUUUUCUUUUAGAAAAUUGUAUAUGCAGCUGGAUGAAGGCAGCCUCACCUUUAAUGCCAAUCCAGAUGAGGGAGUCAACUACUUUAUGUCCAAGGGUAUCCUAGAUGAUUCACCAAAGGAAAUAGCAAAGUUCAUCUUCUGUACAAGAACACUAAAUUGGAAAAAACUGAGAAUCUAUCUUGAUGAAAGGAGAGAUGUCUUGGAUGACCUUGUAACGUUGCAUAAUUUUAGAAAUCAGUUCUUGCCUAAUGCACUGAGAGAAUUUUUUCGUCAUAUCCACGCCCCUGAAGAGCGUGGGGAGUAUCUUGAAACUCUUAUAACAAAGUUCUCACAUAGAUUCUGUGCUUGUAACCCUGAUUUAAUGCGGGAACUUGGCCUUAGUCCUGAUGCUGUCUAUGUACUGUGCUACUCUUUAAUUCUACUUUCCAUUGACCUCACCAGCCCUCAUGUGAAGAAUAAAAUGUCAAAAAGAGAAUUUAUUCGAAAUACCCGUCGUGCUGCUCAAAACAUUAGUGAAGAUUUUGUAGGGCACCUUUAUGACAACAUCUACCUUAUUGGCCAUGUGGCUGCGUAAAAGCACAAUUGCUCCGACUUCAGCUUUUAACUUCAAACUUAAGCUACCCAAGGACUUAUUUAGCGGAUAAGGGGGUUACAUUAGUGCUGGUCAUUCCAGCCUCUGUAUACAAUCAAGCUUGAGUGGACAACCUUUUUUUUUCUUUUACUAUUCUCUUUUUUAGUAAUUUCCUUGGGGAACUAAAAAAUUUUGCAGAAUUUUUCUUAAUUUUGCUUAUCAUGUUUUGCACAAAGCAGAGCCAUUGUCUGACACAGCUGUUUAAGAAUGUUAAACUGACAUUAUACUCUAAAAGAUGGUAUAUUUGUGCAUUAGAUUUGCCUGAAAAACUUUAUUCACUUCCAUUCUUUUUAAAAAUACCAUGUAAUGUGUACAUAUUUAACUAAAGAGAUUUAUAAUCAUAAUUAUUUUAUUGUAAAGAUUUUAACUAAAGCCUUUCCUUUUUCUCUCAAACUGAGUUCUGAAAUUUAUUUUGAACUUUGAAAAGAGUAUUGAUUUGUUACUAUAUUAGUAUGCAAAACAGGUACUUAUUUUUAUAAUAUAAAGUCAUCACUUGAUUUUUCAUUUUUAAGAUUUGUAGGUUAGUCAAGACUCACUAAGUCUUUUAAACCAUUUGGGAUAGCAAAAAUGUUAAAAUAUAAGAUUUCCACAUAUAAGAACAAAGUGUUACUAGAACUUAUAUCUGAAGUAACUGGUCAAACUUUACUGUUCUAAUCUUGAUGAUUUUGUUCAAAAUCAGUUGAGAAAGGGAAAUUGUGAAUGAUAGUAAGCAUUCUUUAUUCAUUCAUUCAUUCAGUAUUUCCCAAGGGCCUUCCAUGUGCUAAGCACUGUGCCAGGUACUGGCGAUACCUAGACAUGGGCUCUGCCUUCACAGAUGUUACAUGAUUGAGUAAUGAGAGGAAAAACACUGCUUAAUGGAGAGCAAAUGGAUAAAGUAUAGCUUAACUAUUAAUAAUAAAACACGUAGCAUUGGAAUGAUAAAGAACAAUAUAUGUAUAUGGUAGCUCAGAAGUUCCCUGGAAAUACCAUUAAGUGAAAAGCGUCAGCUUUGGAAUGAUACACUGUGUGACGCACAGAGCUGCUGGUUUAGGGGAAGGGAAUCGGGGGAGUAGAAACUGCUUACCAGAGGUGUGACAUCCUGGCUUCCUUCCAGAUCUGGCUCUAAGUCAGUAGUGGUUGGUAAUAUUACAACUGGAAUAUUGUACUACAGAAUUUUCAAGGACAAAACGUAAGGUAAUCAAAAAAUUUGUGAAAGUCAAAGGGACUUUUAGACUAGUAGUAAAUAAUUUCUAAGAUUCUGAAGCAAAUAUCUAAAUGAUUUUCACAUGUGCAUAAUUUUGAAUUCCAUGACAAAAUAAUUUUAAUUUUUAACUUCAAAACUAAUUUAUUGUUUCAAAAGACAAAGAAUAGUGAUAACAUUAUUAUUUCUGUUUUCCAAUGGGUAGCAUCUUGCUAUAUCUCUCUAAAUCUCCUAUCUUUUCUUCGUUUUUUUCCAUCCCUGUCUCUCCCUUACCAUUCUCUUCUCUCUGCCUCUGUUUUAGCUUGACUGUCUUUUUUUGUAUCUUUCAUUUCCUUUCUUUUUUUUUUUUUUCCUAUUUUCUGGUUUGUUUUUCCACCUUGACCUGAUUAUAAAUGUAGAAUGGCGGUAUUUUUUUUAACAUUUUCUUAUGAAAAUUCUCAAACAUAUAAAAAAGUUAGAGAAAGCCUAUAUGCCCACUACCUAGAUUCUACAAUUAAAAUUUUACUGCAUUCACUUGACCACAUAUUUAGCCAUCUCUUUAUCCAUCAAUCAACCUAUCCUAUUAUUUUGAUACAAGUCAAUCUAAGUUUCAGACAUUUCAUUCCUAAAGACUUUUGCUUGCAUGUUAUUAGCUAGAGAUCCAUUUUUUUUUUAGGUUUUUUUCUUUUUAGGUAAAAUUUAUAUUCCGUGAAAUCCAUAAAGCUUAGGUGUACUAAUCAGUGUGUCUUCACAAAUUCAUACACGUGUGUAAACCAAACCCUUAUCAGGAUGUACAACUUUUCACAGCCCAUUUACAGUUAAUAUUGCACCACUUCACCUAAAAUAUGGAAACCUUGUAACCAUAUAGAGGUGUUUAUCCCAUUCACCUGUUAUCUUAUGGUUGUCGUAUGUAUUCCAUAUAGUAUAUAUUACAAAUGCCACAAUAUAAUAAUUUGCUUUGGACAGUCAUACACAUUUUAAAUAAAUUAAGAAAAAAAUAUUCACUUAUGUUUAGCCACAUUAUCAUUUCUAAUGCUCUUAUUCUUUCCAGAAGAUCCAGGUCUCCUUGUAGUAUGGUUAAUUUCAGCCUGAAAAAUGUUAACAUCCGUUACAGUGCAGGUCUGCUGGCAAUUAAUUAAGUAUCAUAUAGUUUUAUUUUAUAUGAAAAGUCUUUAUUUUGUUUUCCUUAUUGAAGAAUAUUUUUGCUGAAUGUGUAAUUCUCUAUUGACAGGUUUUUUCCUUUGGCACCUUAAAGACGUUGUCCCAUUGUCUUCUGGCUCCCAUUGUUUCCAUUGAGAAGUCACUGAUACCUGAAAUUGUUUUCCCCCUGUGUGUAAUAAUUUCAUUUUCCUCUCGUUGCUCUUUUUGGUCAAAUUUUUUUCAACCUCAUUUCCUCUUUCCUCUUUUUCUUUACACGUGUGCUAGAACUUGAUAUCAUCUCACAGAUCUGUUGACUUUUUUCUGAUCUUUUUCUCUCUUUUCUUCAAUUGGAUUAUUUCUCUUGAUUUAUAUUCAGUUCACUGACUCUUCUGAAAUCAUUCUUCUUUUAAGCCCAUUCGGUGAACUUUUUUCUGUCAAUUAACUAUUUUUUUUGUUCUGGAAAUUGUUUAGUUUUUAUAAUUUAUAUUUCUGUGUUGAGAUUUCCUAUCUUUCAUUCAUUACAAGCACAUUUUUCCUUACAAACUUGAACAUAGUUAUAAUAGCUGCUUUAAAAUCCUUAUCUGCUCAACUUGAUACAUAGAUCAUUUUGGUGACAGUCUUAUUUGGUUGUCUUUUCUUUUGAGAAGGGAUUAUAUUCUGCUGUUUCUUUAUAUGUUAGUAAUUUAGAUUUUUGUCCUGGACAUGGUGAAUAAAAUAUUGUAGGAACUCUGGAUUCUGAUAGGUUUCUCCAAAGACUUUCUUUUUUUUAAGCUGGCAGUUAAUUUCACAGAACUCCAACUGCAAGCUCUUGCUCCCCCGCAGUUGGUAGCAGUUCAAAUUUCAGUUCAGUUCUUUAACCUGGAUGAUCUACAUGAAAUCCUUCCUGUGCAUGCAUACUUUCAGAGACUAGCUGGAGUAUGGGGCAGAGUUUAUACACAGAACUUAGGAUGCUCUCUCUGGUUCUUUCCUUUCCAUUAUUUCCCUAUAUUUUCCAGCAGCUGUUAUUGCCCCAAACUCUGCCCCAUGGUUCUUCAAGUCAGCAAAACUAAAGGUUCCCAUGACGCAGUUGGGGACUGCUCUCAGGUGAAGAGCUGUAAAAAUGGGAAACUCACCCAAUGCUAUUCUCUUCUUUCAAGUGUUCUCUCCUUGGUAGUAUCAGCCUAUAUUGGGUUGCUUUCCAUUGCUUUCAGGUAGUUAAUUUUUAUAUUUUGUCAGUGUUUGUGGCUUUAUCUGUUGGAGGGUUGGUCUGAAAGAACUACUUGGCCAUCAUCUGAAGUGGAACCCUCUCCAGCUGAGCAGUAUUCUUUUUGCUACUUCCUCUGCUUGCUGAAGGGGAAUUUAUUCCUGGUUACUUUUAAAACUAGGUGAACAGAAAUUUUAAAAGGUUCUGUCUCUGGGAAAUCUUAACAAAUGUUUACUAACCAUUUUCUAAAUUAGCAAUUAAGUAUUUUUCAAUGGAGGUCCCACUGGCUUUGGGGAAAGGAUGUUCUUCAUUAUGGAAGACUGCUCCAUGCAGUAGGGGACAUAAACACAGACUCUUUCUACUAGAUGCCAGUAGUAUCCCUUAGUGAUCGUGACAUGCAAAUAAUAUCCCCACAUAUUUCCAAGUGCCUGCUGAGGAGACAUAUCCCUUAAAGUUGGGAACUAUUGGACCUUCUUUCGGCCAUAACAAAUUUAUCUUUCUAAAACACAAACUCCAUAUGAUAUAUCUGUUUAAAGUCUUUCAGUGUCUCCCUUCUCUACAAAAUUAAGUGUAGGCUCCUUAGCAUGACAUAUAAGAUCCUUCACAAUCUGGCCCCAGCUUAUCUUUAAAGCCUCAUCUCCAGCAUUCCUCAAAUGUGGUCUGGUCUGUCUGUCUUUUACAAGCUGUUCUCUUUGUGAUAUCCUUGACUGCCUUCUCUAUCUAAAGUUCCCCUACUCAUCAUCUGAGAUCGACCUCGAAUAUAACUUAGUCAUCAAAGCUCUCAAAGACUAUCAUCAUAUCUGUCAUGCAUACCACUGGUGUUAAUUGCUUCUUCCUUUGUGAACCAUAGCACUUUGUACAUAUCUUUAUUAUUAUAAUUAUACUAUAAUUUUUUACAUGUCCCAUUCCUUUAUCAGAACGUGCUCUUAUUAAAGUCAAGGACUGCUCCGUCUGCCAGCUUCUAUUAGAAAGCCUGAACUAAGCAAGUGGCAGAGGAUUUAGAGAGGAGGAAUAAAUCAAAAACACGAGAAAUUGAUAGGAUUUAGUGACUUUGGAUAAAGGUAUCUGAUAUGAGGAUCUUGUUGUGCUAUUAUCAAAGGUAGCCACUAGGAGAAGCAACCAGUGGAGUGAAAUGCAAAAGAUAAAUGAUCCCAAUUUUGGGAUAUUUUGAAUUUGAAAGUAUCAAUAGAAUGUUAAUUGACUGCAGCUGGAGAAUAAGACUAGCGUUCAAAACAAUCCAGGCUUGGGACCAGCCAGGUGGUAUAGUGGUUAAGUUUGGAAGCUAUGCUUCGGAGGCACAGGGUUCACGGGUUUGGAUCCUGGACAUGAACCUACACACUGCUCAUCAAGCCAAGCCAUGGCAGUGUCCCACAUACAAAAUAGAGGAAUGUUGGCACAGAUGUAAGCUCAGGGCCAAUCUUCCUCAAGCAAAAAACUAAUUAACUAAAAAGUCCAAGCUGGAUGUGCAAGUUUGGGGGUUGUAUUAGUAUUUAAAGUAUGUUAUACUAAGUGAAGCAGGAGAAAAGGCAACUCCUAUAGGGAGUAUGAUGAGUAAAAAGAAGUGCUGUGUGGAAAACACAGCAUUUUGAGUUUUGGAAGAGAAAAAGUCAGAAAAAGGUUGUUGAAAUUGUGGAAGGACCAGAGAAAAAUGGUAUCCCAAGAGCUAGGGGAGGAGAGUUUCAAAAAGGAUGCUGAGCUUUGCAUCUGCUGCAGCACAACUAAGUUUUUACCCAUCUAUAUUCAGACCUAUUUUAGUCUACCUUUUCCACUUGGGGCUGAGUUCUUUGAGGCUGGAAAGCCAUAGUAGUGCUAAUGGCUUUUAUAUUGUCUCUGAUCAAAUUCUCUCUUACCCAAUGUGUAAUCUGAACUCUGCUGAAACCCACAGGAGUGCUUAUGGUCCACUGCAGCUGAGGCCCGUCUACACCCUUCCCUGCUAAGGACUGGGCUGUUUUAAGCCCAGAACACACCAUACCAACUGGGUACGGCUACUGCAUCCUUCCUAUACACAAUCACCAAUUAUCUUUUCUCAUACAGAUCAUAUUUUUUUAAGAAAAGAAAAAAAGGAAAGAAAAGAAAAGUCCUUAAAAACUUUGAGUCCUCCAAAUUUAUCAUCAACUAGAUUUCCCUAAGUACAUUCUGUUAAAACUAACACUCUUUAAUCUCGAUGAACCCUGUGCUUUCAUCCUUCCAUUCAUUUGGUCUGUUUUUUCUUCUGGGAAGCUUGUAACCCCUUCCCCAUAUUUACCUGUUGAAAAAUUAUUUGUCCUUCAAAGUCCUCUCAUGCUCUUUCCUCUCCAGGUCAACUUUCUCAAUUCUUGCAGCCAGAAAAUUUAUUCUUCUCAUAUCUCCCUCAGUACCUAACACAGACCUUGGCCCAGAGUAGUUUCCCAAUAAAUCCAAUUGAAUUAUUUUAGCUCUGGUUCACUUUCUAUAUAAGCACACAGAAAACGGCUUUACUAUUUCCAUUUUUAAAAAAUGUAUUCAGGGCUUCCAGGUAUACACAAUUUACAAACCAAUAUAUUCAAGUUAACUUUUUUAAAAUAUUAGUACAGUUUCAACCUAUGUUUAUUAUUCUAGAUAUAAAUUCAUCUCUCUAAGACUUCUAAUUUUAAAUAUUUGGGUGAAUUGCUACUUUGUUUGUCUUUUUAAAACAAAUUUUAGCAUUUAAGUCAUUAUCUUCUUUCUAAAUUGAUCUUUUACAUUUUUUACAGUAUUCUUAAUAUGGUGCAGAUCUUACUAGAUAAAAGUAUAAGAAAGAUUAUUCAGAAAUCUUAAUAUUUAAAACAAUAACAUAUUCUAAUUGGAGUCUGUUUUCCUGUGUUUAAAGUGGACUUCUUAAAUAUCGCUAUUAAUAACACAAUUGCCUAUAGUUUCUUUUCAAGCAUUCACUAAGUGAACAUGUUCACUUCUGGGAAGCCAUCCUAAGGAAAUAAUCCAAAAUAGGGAAAAGGCAGUAGUUAUACCAUCGUUGUUUUUAAUUCAAGAAAAAAAAAAGAUGGAAACAACUGAAAAGCCCAAAAGUUGGGGCUGUUUUAACAGAUAACUAGCAAAUAUUUGAGUACAUACCAUGUACCAGACACUAUGCUAGGCACCGGUCAAGUAGACCAAAAUGCAUUCUCAUGAUGUAUUACUGUGAAGCCAUGAUGUGUAUGAGUAAUACAGGAAAACUUAGAAAUAAUGAUGGCUAUUGAAGGCAUAUGAAAUUAUACCUAAAUGUAUACAUAUGUAUGUGUAUACACACACCACAGUUACCAUGUAAAACAAAGCUAAAGCUAUGAAUGGAAAAAAGAGACUGGAAUAAAGUAUAACAUUAUGGAUAA